AGAGAUAUAGAAGUACAUAUACCAUGACAUAGACACUCUCAUGGACCUGUUAUACUAUGGAGCUCUAUUUAGUUGUUUUUUUAAGCCUUUCAGUUUCAAAGUUGCGGCUUUAGUCCCUAUGUUAAGCUGAUGAAGACGACAAAGCACAAAGAAGCAAGCAUAUUCCCAUUUUUCUGCAACUUUCAAAUCUUUUAUCUUUAGAUUCUAUCCCCUCUCUCUCUCUCUCUUAAAGAUUAUCCCAUUUCAGCUCUUGCUCUAUUGAACCCUAAAGUAAAGUUUGUUCCUUGAUCUACUUUUGCAUGCUGAUCAGAACAUGCAUUGUAAAGAUUGUGCAAAGUGGGAUUGCAUUCUGCAGAGAUGUCGUUCAGUGAAGAUACAGAAGAUCUGCAUGAUGACGGAUUUAAGGGGUCACAUGAUGAGCACGACAUUUUUAUGAAGGUUUUCUUUGGAAAUGAUGGUGGCAGCACAAGUAAAAAGCAUCUUAUUACCGGUGUACUUAAUUUUGAAUCUAAGCAAAGCAAGAAAUUAGAUAAAUCACUGUGUUCUAAUAGUGCAAACUCGGCAGUAACAAGCUGGUCUUGCUCAAAAAAAUUAUACCAGGAGGAUACUAAUGCAGUAAUUGAGAGUUCUGGUGGAGUUUCUGCGUUAGGUAGCUUUCCUGAAAGAUUUAGUCUGGCAGAGAGAGAUGACCUGAAUGGGAGUGUCAAGCGAAUGAAGUUUUCGGCGGCUGAAGUUUCUAGGGGUAAAGCAGAAAGGAGAACGAUUUCAAAUGCACCAUUGCAGCAGAACAAAAUUAUUACUGGCUUGUCUUCGACGCCUAUGAAUUCUGUUUGCCAAAUAGUUACGCACCAUUUAAUUGAAUCAUCGUCCAUGGGGGUUACAUCUAGUUCCGGUCUGUUGAAGCGGCAUGUUGGUAAGGGCAGAGGUAAAGCUAUGGCUUCACCUGUCUUGCAGGAGAGUUUUGCAUCAAAGCUUGUGGUUUCUAGUCCCGCCACUGGCACGGAGAAGUUCAAGUCUCCUUUAUGUGAAGAGGAAGGACUUGGUGGAUUUCAAUCAUAUGGAGUGGGGGAUUGCGAUAUUUUCGGGGAACUGGACUCUAAGAAGGAUCCUCGUCCUCUUCUUCAGCGCCCUGUUUUUAACAUACUAAGAAGAGCAGGCUGGUCUAUUGAGAGACGUAAAAGACCCUGCCGGACUUAUGUGGAAACAGUUUACAGAUCACCCGAGGGGAGGCUAUUUCGUGAAUUCCCUAAUGUUUGGAGGUUUUUUGGCCAGGUUCUGUUGACGAAUAGUCACAACUUCACGGUGGAUAAUUCUGGCAAGAAAUGGACUGAUAUGGACCAGUUCUGGUCUGAUCUAUUAGAUUUGUUGAUGAGAAUCGAGAAAGAAUGUAACCAACCCAACCUUCCUCAUACAUUGGCUCAUUAUUGGACUAUAUUAGACCCCUUUGUAAAUGUUGUAUUCGUUAACAGGAAGAUCGGUUCAUUAAGAAAGGGCGAUGAGGUUAAAGCAGUGAGCAGUUUAGCUAUUCAAAAGAACAAGAAAAAUGAUGCUGUUUUAGUGCGGAGAAAGAACAUUACUAAAAAAAGGUUAUGUUCUCAGGGGCAUAUGCCAACUCAGCUUUGUGAUUAUUCUCUGGCUGCUGAAAGCUCAUUGACAGCUUUUGAGAGGAGUUACGAUACCUGUAAUGGGCUAUCUGGCAAUGGAAGUUUGUCAAAAUUCUAUGACAAAAUGAGUAGUGGGGCAGUGAAAGGUCUGGAAGGUUUAUCUGUUUAUACAACUGACCAAGUAGAUACUGCCACCAGGUCAGAAACUUUUGAUCGCAAGUUUAACGGUCGGAAUAUGGCUUCAUCAUAUGUUUUUGGGUCGGGUAGCACCUAUGGCCAGCUAGGCAGUUCUAAGUAUAUUGAUCGUGCUGCUUCUGGAGAUGUUUCUGACGUACUUCAGGGUUCUGAAUCUGCCACCACUUACCAAUAUAGCAACACAAGCUCUCCAAAUUCCGAGAAACAAAUUUCUGAAUAUAACAUAAAAGUUCCUAAUGAAGUUCCGGGAGAUGUAUCGUUCAAGUCUUCGGAGAAAAAUGAUAAAACAUCUAGGUAUAAUGAGUACCGGUUUGAGAAGUUCACUGAAGCUCUGAAGUUUGGAACAAAAGAUAUAGGUUCUUCACAAGGUGUUAUUUUGAAAAAGAAGGCAUGCAGGAGAUCCAGAAAGAUAUCUGAACUUAGAUUAGCUGCGUUAAAUCGAAGUGGUAUUUUAUAUUCGUAUACUCCUUAUAUGAAUGAUCAUCAUGACACAGACACAUGCCAGGUUAAGUUAAAUGCAAAAGAGGUCCAAGAAUCCUUUGUAACCACAGGAAACCUAUGCCGGUACUCAUCUUUUGGCUCUUCCCUGCAUCAAGUGGAGAAAAAAGGCUCGAAGUUUAAGAGAUGUGGAAAUCGCGACGGUCCUAAAAACCGAAAAAAGAAAUCAACUAAAUGCCAAAUCCAAGAUGAUGAUCUGUUGGUUUCUGCUAUAAUAAGAAACAAAGACUUAAGCUCGACUGUUACCAGAUCUAAAUUGAAGGCCCCCAAAAAGAGAGCUCGGACCAAGUUCAAGAGCAAGAAGAACCGCUGCAAGUUGCUUCCUCGAGGCAUGGGUAAAGGAGGGAAGCAUAUUACUGAAGUUCAGUUGUAUAAUAUUGGAUCCAGGACAGUGCUCUCCUGGUUGAUCCUAGCUGGGGUUAUUUCUCUGAAUGAUGUCAUCCAAUAUCGGAACCCCAAGGAUGAUUCUAUCAUUAAAGAUGGUCUUGUUUCCUGGGAUGGAAUAACAUGCAGUUGUUGCAGUAGGGUUCUAUCAGUUUCCGAGUUUAAGACUCACGCUGGAUUCAAGUUUAACCGUCCCUGCAUGAAUCUUUUCAUGGAAUCUGGUAAGUCUUUCACUUUAUGUCAGCUGCAGGCAUGGUCUGCGGAGUACAAGACCAGAAAAAAGGGGAUCCAGAAGGUGGAAGAUGAGGCAAAUGAUCAAAACGAUGAUUCCUGUGGCAUAUGUGGGGAUGUCGGUGAACUGAUUUGUUGCGACAACUGCCCAUCUACUUUUCAUCCAGCUUGCUUGUCUAUGGGGGAACUACCAGAAGGCAGUUGGUAUUGCUCGAAUUGCAAUUGUUGGAUAUGUGGCAAUUUUGUUGAUGAUAAAGAUGCUUCGAGUUCACUUGAUCCAUUCAAAUGUUUGCAGUGUGAACACAAAUAUCAUAAGGCAUGCCUGGAUGAUAAAGGUCGGUUUGAAGAAAAGGUUUCUGAUACUUGGUUUUGUGGAGGAAGCUGCAAGGAGAUGCACUCUGGUCUUGGUUCUCGUCUCGGGAUGGUUAAUCACCUCUCUGAUGGCUUUUCUUGGACACUUCUACGAUGCAUUCAUGAAGAUCAGAAAAUUCACUCCGCUCAAAGGCUGGCCCUGAAGGCUGAAUGCAACUCGAAACUGGCCGUUGCUUUGUCUAUCAUGGAAGAAUGCUUUCUGUCUAUGGUUGAUCCGAGAACAGGCGUCGACAUGAUGCCCCAUCUCAUGUACAAUUGGGGGUCGGAAUUUGCACGCUUGAAUUUUUCCGAAUUUUACUCUCUUGUAUUGGAGAAGGAUGAUGUGGUUAUAUCCGUAGCAUCAAUCAGGAUGCAUGGGGUAGCAGUUGCAGAGAUGCCUCUUAUUGCAACUUGCAGCAAGUACCGUCGUCAAGGAAUGUGUCGAAGCCUUAUGAAUGUUAUCGAAGAGCUGCUCAUCUCAUUCAAGGUGGAAAAGCUCGUGACAACUGCCAUUCCGAAUGUAGCGGAAACAUGGACCAAGGGUUUUGGUUUCAAGCCGGUGGAGAACGAGGAAAGAAAAAUUCUUAACAAGAUCAACUUGAUGGUAUUUCCCGGUACGAUACUGCUUUCGAAGCCCUUGUAUCAAUUCAACAAAGCCGAUGGACAAUCAGAAGUUGGCAAUACAUUGUCUUCGCAACAAGAUAAUUCAACAGAACAUUCGAGACACGAAGAAUCAACAGGCGUAGACGUUCAUUCCGUAGGAGAUCAAUUAGCCGAUUCUUUGCAGCUUUUGGAUGAUAACAUUUAUAUAAAUGAAGCUUGUGCUGAAAUAGUCACCGAGUUCGUUGGAGACGACAAUAUACAAGAAUUGGAAAUCAAUGGUAAAACGGAAAUAACCGAUACUGGUGCAGAGGAGCUGUGUAAUAACCCGGCCUUACAAGUUAUGGAAUGGACUAGAGCAGAUAUAGGUAUGAAGGGAAAUCUAGUAGACGGAUCUGUACAAGGCUCUGACCGUAAUUUUUCUCCAGAGAAGCUAGGAUUGAGUUGGAGGACUGGCCUAGAGUCGGUACUUCUCAAGAACCCAACUCCAUGUCCCAAACAAAGGGUUGAUGUGGUGACGACGAUGAAGCUGUCACCGUAACAAAAGCGGAGUUCAUACAGCAAAUGGAUCACCCUCGUCUCGAUGACCAUAGUGCUGACAUGGACAAAGAGGCGGUAAAAGAGGAGAAUGUAAGAGUACUCGAGAUUCCAGGAAGUGGAUUGCAGG